AUGUCUCUCCCUUCAACUCAAAAGGCUCUACUUCUCCCUCGGUGCGGCCCCGACGCGGCUUACGCAGUCGGUGAACGCCCGGUGCCACAGCCAGGCCCCGGUCAAGUUCUCAUCCGCAACGUCGCAGUCGCGCUCAAUCCCCUCGAUGUUGGCAUUCGCACCUUAGGCCUAUAUGUAUCCGAGCAGGAUUGGCCUACCGUGGCUGGGUGGGAUGGUGCGGGCACGAUUGCCGUGCUUGGUCCUAACGUCCAGACUUGGGCUGUUGGCGACGUAGUGAUGUACCAGGGAUGGGCACCGCCGGACUAUGGGACAUUCCAGGAGUAUACGUUGGCGGAAGCUGAGCUCGUCUCUCGCGUACCUGGCAACAUCUCCAUCGAAGAGGCAACCACAAUCCCGUCCGCCUACGCGACUGCUGUUUGCCCGUUGUACAACACGCUUAGCGCUGAACAUGCUCUGGGUCUCACCCCGCCUUGGGAUGAAGGUGGACGAGGCAAGUACGCCGGUCAGGCGGCUCUUGUCAUCGGCGGUUCCGGCUCAGUGGGGCAACUCACCUUGCAGAUGCUCAAGCUCAGUGGCUUCUCACCCAUCAUCACUACAGCAUCGAGUAGCAACGAAGCUUACUGCAAAAGCGCUGGUGCAACGCACGUCAUCGACUAUCAUACUACGUCGUACGAUGCUCUUCCCGACAAGGUCGCCGAGCUCCUGAACGGCGCGCCGCUCGCACUAGCAGUGGAUGCCAUCUCGGUACCGGAGAGCCAGAAGGCGUCGUGGUCGGCGAUCGCGCCGGGUGCCAAGCUCGUUCUCGUGCUUCCAUCCGUCCUUGAAGUCGAACUUGGGAAGCCCGAGAAGGAAUCAGGAAAGACUGUCGUGAUGGCGCACGCCGUGUGGAAGUCGGAGGAGAACCUGAAGAUCGCGGCGCGUGCAUGCAGGGAGCUUCCCGGUUUGGUAGAGAGUGGUGAUGUCAAGCCCAAUCACGUUGAAGUACUUCCUGGUGGUCUGAAGGGUAUCAAUCCUGGCGUUGACCGGCUGGAGGCGAAGAAGGUCAGCGGCGCGAAGCUUGUCGUUCAUCCACAAGAGGGUGUAUGA